AUGACACUCCCAAAGAAAGUCCUUCUAGCAGUUACGAGUUUCCACGAUAAAUUCUAUCCUGAUGGCAGAAGUACCGGUGCAUUCUACUCUGAAGCGUUGCACCCAUACGAAGUACUCGCUAAGCAUGGUUUCGAAUUCGUGGUUGUUUCUGAGAACGGAGAUUACGGUUGGGAUUCUAUCUCACUAGCUGAACCAUUUUUGACACCAGAAGAGGUGAAAGUAAGCAAGGAUACAACUUCGCCUCUCAAUGUUGCGUUCAAGAAUAUAAAGAAAGCGUCUGAAGUUGACCCAAAGGAGUUCGGUAUUUUCUUUGCUGUUGGUGGCCACGGCACAUGUGUUGACUUUGAGACGGCGAAAGAUGUUCAGAAUUUAGCUUCUGAAAUUUAUCAGAAUGGCGGAAUUGUCGCAUCUGUUUGUCAUGGUCCUGUCAUUCUUGCUGGCGUGAAGGAUCUGAGCACAGGUGAACUUUUAGCUAAGGGCAGAAACGUCACUGGCUUCACUGAUCGCGGAGAAGAGGAACUCAAGCUCACUCAGUUCUUAAAAGAUCACAACUAUCCGUUUGUCGCUGAAGUUCUCAAGAAGGCCGGUGGAAAGUACAGCGAGCCUAAGGAACCUUGGGACGACUACUCAGUAGCAGAUGGACGACUCGUUACUGGCGCAAACCCUGCAAGUGCUACUUCAACAGCAGAAAAGGCCCUUGCUGCUUAUAAUGCAUAA